AUGAUAGCACGCAUCACGGACAAUGGAGCUGUCUCAGAGGCAUUCGCAGUGACCAACGGAGUGAAGCAGGGAUGCGUGCUGGCACCAACCCUCUUCAGUCUUAUGUUCUCUGCCAUGCUGAUGGACGCCUACCGCGACGAACGCCCCGGGAUCCGCAUCGCCUACAGGACGGACGGUCAUCUCCUGAAUCAACGGCGCAUGAACUUCCAAUCGCGCGUAUCCACAACCACCGUGCAUGAACUCCUCUUCGCCGACGACUGCGCCCUGAACACCACCUCGGAAGAGGAAAUGCAACGCAGCAUGGACCUGUUCUCCGCCGCCUGCGAGAACUUCGGUCUGGUCAUUAACACACAGAAGACGGUGGUGAUGCACCAACCGCCACCCAACUCAGCCACAGCCCCCAACGCGCCGCCGCAAAUCAGCGUGAACGGAAACCAACUGCAAGUGGUGGAGAACUUCCCGUACCUGAGCAGUAUCCUCUCCCGCAACACCAACAUCGAUGACGAAGUCGCUAACGGAAUCUCGAAAGCCAGUCAGGCCUUCGGUCGCCUCCAAAGCACAGUUUGGAAUCGUCACGGUCUCCAACUGAGCACGAAGCUGAAGAUGUACAAGGCCGUCAUCCUGCCGACGCUACUAUACGGAGCGGAGAACUGGACGGUGUACAGGAGACAGGCACGUCGACUGAACAACUUCCACCUCAGUUGUCUCCGUCGCAUCCUGAGGCUGAACUGGCAGGACCGCAUGCCCGACACCGAUGUGCUGGAACGAACGGGAAUCGCGAGCAUCUACUCCAUGUUGAGACAAAUGCAGCUGCGCUGGAGCGGCCACCUGGUGCGCAUGGACGACGAGCGACUUUCCAAACGACUCUUCUACGGAGACGUCGCGACGGUUUCUCGCCGUCAGGGAGGCCAAAUUCGCCGUUACAAGGAUACUCUGAAGUCUUCCCUGAAGCGCCUGCAAAUCAACCCGACCAACUGGGAAGAGCUCGCUCGCGAUCGUCCGACAUGGAGGAGAACAGUGAAGACGGGCGCUGCUAUCUACUAA